AGAGCCCGGGGAAGGGGCUCUAGGCGAUUUCAGAGUCGAGAGUCAGGGCUGGGAUUUCGCAGGGCAAGCCCAGCGGUUGCCCCUGCAGCGGAUCUGAGGCUCUCUGCCUGUGGUGGUGCACCCGGGCAGCCCAGGGCCAGCAGCGGCUCCGCAAAGUCGCGGAGCGAGGGAGGCCGAGCGCCCGCAAAGUGCUGGGGCUCCGGGGUGGAAGAGGCGUGCCUGCGGAGCCUGGAUCCAGGCGCCCUUUCGCCUCGAGUGCAGGGUCCGGUCGGUGGUGCAGCCGCCCGGGAAAGAGCAGUCAAAUUGCAGCCUCCUUAAAGAAGCCUAGUUACGCAGGCGAGCCGGCUUCCCAAGCGUGCUUAUAGCAGUGCCGCAGAGCCCUCCCGGGCCAGCGGGCUAGGGCUGGGAGCGGGGCGCCGUCCCAGAGGCAGUGAACCCCCGGCAGCUGGUUGCUCCGCUAGUGCUCUCGGGCGCAGAGAGGGGGCGUGCGAAGCUCCAACAGCCGGCUCGCUCACAACCCGUGCCCGACCGGGGUGCCCCCUCCGUCCCACUCUGGGAGCAAUGCCCCCCGCCCCUCGUGCCCCCCGGGAACGAGGCGAGCAUGGAGAAGUCGAGUAGCGAGGAUUCUUCGAUCCACCGGAGUCCAUCUUUGGACAGCAAGGACUCGGACUUUGCCAAGCCAUCCACCUCUGGCCGCCCGUUCGGCCGCGGCUUCACGGCUGGCGCCUUCUACGGCACCGCGGGUUCGCGGGGUCAGAGCCGCACGGAGGCCGGCAUUAAGACUGACAAGUACAAUGCGCCCAAAGGCAGCAAGUAUGUGGUGUUUUACCUGGACCUGUCCUUUGUGUUCCUCCUAGAAUUUAAGAAGUGCAACAUGGCCAGGGGCUGCCUCUGCUGCUUGAAGUACACGAUGUUCCUCUUCAAUUUGAUAUUCUGGCUCUGUGGCUGUGGACUGCUCGGAGUGGGCAUCUGGCUCUCUGUGUCCCAAGGCAACUUUGCCACCUUCUCCCCCAGCUUUCCCUCGCUGUCUGCAGCCAACCUUGUCAUCGCCAUAGGCACCAUUGUCAUGGUGACGGGCUUCCUGGGCUGCCUGGGGGCCAUCAAGGAGAACAAGUGUUUGCUCCUCAGCUUCUUCAUCGUGCUGUUGAUCAUCCUGCUGGCAGAGUUGAUUCUGCUCAUCCUCUUCUUUGUCUACAUGGACAAGGUGAACGAGAAUGCCAAGCAGGACCUGAAAGAGGGGCUGCUGCUGUACAACACUGAGAACAACGUGGGGCUCAAGAAUGCCUGGAACAUCAUCCAGGCUGAGAUGCGGUGUUGUGGGGUCACUGACUACACAGACUGGUAUCCAGUGCUCGGGGAGAACACCGUUCCUGACCGAUGCUGCAUGGAGAAUUCCCAGGGCUGUGGUCGCAACAGCACCACCCCCUUGUGGAGAACGGGAUGCUAUGAGAAAGUAAAGCUGUGGUUUGAUGACAACAAGCACGUACUGGGCACCGUGGGCAUGUGCAUCCUCAUCAUGCAGAUCCUGGGAAUGGCCUUUUCCAUGACUCUGUUCCAGCACAUCCACCGGACGGGUAAAAAGUACGAUGCCUGAGCGAGCGUCUGGCAGCGCCUGGCUCCACCCGGACACUGUGUGUGCCAGGGAAGAAGACCUGACUUGUGUCUCCUGCCUGCUCUCAGAUGGCCACCCUGCACCACCUGCCGGCCUGCCCUUUCCUGCCCACAUCCUUGGCCUUAGACCUCAUGGAGGGCAGAGGCCCAGGGAGGAGGCAUCAUGCAGAGACCUCAGGGCUUGGGCGCCUGGAUUCCUGCCCCUGCAUAUUUGCCAAAGACGCCAGGGUGGGCAGGGUGUCAGCGAGGAAGACCCUUCAAUGAUGGGUUUCUGCCCCUGGCCUCUCUCACAUUGACACUUGUUCCUGUGUGGAUGGAGAGUCUGUCCCACGGAGGCCACUGCCAUCCAUGGCUGCCCAGCCAGAGAGCCUGCCAUGGUGCAGUGUGGCACCGCCAGGUCAGGCCCCCGGAGCACCCUGCCUGGGUUUUUAUACUAUAGUGUAACUUUUUUUUUUAUUUUACUCUGAUUAUGAUUAUUCAGGAAUAUUAUCUCUCAGCUAAGUUUAGGGUUAGCUUUCUGAUUUAUAACUUUUUACUGUGUUGAUUUCCAUAAUGGUUUGAGUUUCCUUUUCCUGUGGGUGGGGUUGGGUAAGGAGAGAGGACCUCCAUCCACUUUCAGUCAGGAUACACCACUGUGCAACACUCAUGAGGCUGUAGGGUGAGAAGUGCCAGCCUUUUUUCCAGGGCUCACCUCGAGGGAGAGGGUGCAGCCAUGAUCUGGAGACCGUAGAUGAGGCCAGAAGAGGCUGGUGGUGUACAAAGCAUGGGGCAUCUUACUCUGGGGUGAGAGGAUGCUGCCUGAACCGGGAGCCAUAUCAGCAGGGCAUGCUUAGGUCAGGGGACAGUGGAAUACUUUACUAGGAAGAGGGACAGUCGAGACAGUUUGUGGCAUUGCCUCCUCCUCCCUCGGUCCUGUGUGGGCUUCCCCCUGACCCAUGAGCAUCCUGCAUCCCAAAUGGUCACUCUCAACACAUUCCUGCUGCAAAUUCCUCUGGUUCAGAACCAGCUCUACUCACCCGGGUCUGGACAUUGGAAGCAGACAUGUUCCUCUGCCCAGACUGAAACAGAGUCUCAGGAUUACCCAGGAAAGAAGGCAGAGUUGGUGGCAUCCAUGGGCCGACCCCCACCAGAUUCACUCAGUUGUGUACUGCCCUGCUGAGGGGAAAGGAAAGAGCCAUGAGGUCUCAGGACCAUUCCUCCUUAGGAUCCAUCGCUGUUCACACUGGGGGGCAGGCACUGCAUCCCAUGUAACCUCAAAGAGAAGAUUCAGAAACUCUGAGAAGUCAGGCUUCCAUUGCCCCUGCAUCACUGAGGAGAAAACCCUCAAUAGAUGCCCAGUGCUUGGCAUGGGCGGUGGAGGCUGGCCGGAUCCCAGGCUGUAGCAGCAGCCUUGCCAGCACUGAUACCCAGCGUGUCCUUCCGUAAAGACGGACCUGUGGAAGUGACCGAGCACCCAUCUGGGAUCCAGAGCACCUCAUUCUCGGGCCUUCAUGUAGUAGCUGCUUUUCUCACGCCAUUUGCCUCACUAUUUCCUACCCGGCCAGGUCUUCCCCAGUCUAGCCACGACAUCCAGCCAAGUCUAUAAGCCCUCUGACCUUGAAUAACAGACAGUGCAUGGCCAGGGGUGUGGAACUGGGAGGUGAGAGGAUAGCAGGAAGAUCCCAGCAGAUUGGUCCCAGAAGUUGCCAGUUCUAGGAGAUGGAAUUGUGUUAUUGGAGGAAUGGCGGUCACGUCUGUGGGACAUCCCAAGAAGCAGAGUUCAGGUAGACCCAUUAAACAGUCAGAAAACAAGUGUGGCGCCUGCCGCAUGGUGAGCGUGGAUGGGUAGGGUGGGUGUUUAGACUUUCAUGAAUGUCCCAGUACCCUAGGAGGCACUUUCCCUUCCUGCCGCCUCACGUCUCUAGAGUGCUUCGGGGUGGUGCUAGUCCCUGGAGCCUUAGCUGAAGUCGCCCUCCCUCACCAACCCCACCUCAGCUGCCUGUUCAGCAGGGCCAGACCAUAAGUCCCAAACUGCCUUUUUUUUGUUUUAGCUGUGUGUGGCUGCGUAGUCAUCUGCAGUCUUCAUGGGGCAGGGGUCUCCAUGCCCAGAGUGGAUGUCCUGAGACCCUUGCUUGUCUAGGGGGAAAUGGCCCUCAUAUGCUAGAAUGCCCCACGGAGGAAAGCCAGGGGGCUAGAAUGCCACACGGAGGAAAGCCAGGGGACGUGGCUCAGCUCUUCUCCAAUACUCUGAGCUCUGAGCUGACUAAGGUCCUGCCGUGAGAUCUCCCUUGCCUAAAGCAGAGCCUCUUCCUUUCAGGUCCCACACAAGCAGUUUUCAGACCUGACUUUGAAAGUCUUCUUGGUUUGCCGGGGACCUCAAGGAAAUGCCUGACGUAGCCCUUGGCGUUUCUCCAAGGCCAACUGACUGGCAGUGGGGCUCAGAGGGUAGGGUCUGGAAACUGCUCUCAGACGACUGACAGAUGUCAGGGUGCAAGUCUCCUUGCACCUCUGUACUCUGAGCUGGCACAGCGUCACCCUGUCUCUCCACCAGCCUGGACCAGCACCUCAACUGUCCCCCUUGCACAUGGCUCUGGCCUGACUUAACAUUAAGUGGUCAAGCCUCCAGCUCACUUCAGAUGGAUGGAAUUGGUUAUCCCCUCCUCUCUGGCCCCCUGCCCACCCUCUGGUGGAGGUGCUAACUAGCAGGGACAUGGCACAGGACAGAGAGCCGGGUGCCAGAUGCUUGGGGUCUGUUCUUUGCCCCCACAGCCCCUGGCACCCUUCUCAUGUUCCUGUUUUCUCAUUUCCCUCCCCUCCUCCAUGAUGGUGGUGUUCUGGCCUCCCGUCCCUGAGUGGGCAUUCUGAGGAGUGAGGCCUUUAGGCCUCCACUUGCCUUGCUGUCCCUGGGUGGCCAGAGAGCCAGGAGUGCACGCUUAUUGGUUUCGAAUGCACUUUCUGCUUGCAAUGCCUUGUCUGCAUUUCCUUCAUCCCAGGUCCCGCUUUAACAAACACAAUGUUUUUAGCAUGUUUUUAAAUAAAAACUGAUCAUGUGUCAAAAGGACAA